CUCUGAAAUAUGUCUGCUUCUCUUCUAUAGCUUGCUAGCUAGUCCAUCCCCAUUUGGCACACAAACACAAACAUCCACAGAACGUAAUUAACUUUCUUUGACCAAUGUCAAUCUCUUCCUCACCUUUUUUGCUUAUCUUCUUCAUCACCCUCUUCCUCUACUUACCAGUAUCUCAGGCCAACCCAAAGUCAAAUUCCAGCAGCAAAAGGCAGCCUCAUCGUCAACUCUCUGUUGACUACUAUGCAAAGUCAUGCCCUCAGGUUGAUAAGCUCGUCGCCUCCGUCACCUCCCAGAAGUUUAAGUCUUCUCCCGCCGCCGGACCUGCCACCAUUCGACUAUUCUUCCACGACUGCUUUGUUCAAGGGUGUGACGCAUCAAUAUUGAUAUCAACAAGGGCAGGGAGUAAGGAAUUAGCGGAGAGAGAUGCAGAGGAAAACAGGGAUCUUGCAACAGAAGCGUUUGAGAGCAUAAGGGAGGCGAAAGCAGUGGUGGAAAGCAAGUGCCCUUCUGCUGUUUCUUGUGCUGAUAUCCUUGCCAUUGCCGCCAGAGAUUUUGUUCACUUUACAGGAGGGCCAUACUAUGAAGUGAAGAAAGGAAGAUGGGACGGAAACAUAUCAAUGGCUUCAAGGGUGCAACAAAAUCUCCCUCGGGCCAAUUUUACACUUGAUGAGCUUUUGAAACUCUUUGCUUCCAAAGGACUAACAAUGGAGGACCUUGUUGUCCUCUCUGGGGCUCACUCCAUCGGUUUUGCGCACUGCAAGCAAUUUUUGAGUAGACUAUAUAAUUACAAGAAGGAAACCAACCAAACAGACCCUUCAAUAGUAAUGGAUCCUAGGCUUCUCAAAGCUCUAAAGAUGUCGUGCCCCAAAUUUGGCGGGAACAUCGAUGUUCUUGCCCCUUUUGAUGUCACAACUCCUUUCUCCUUUGACAAUGCUUACUAUGGAAAUUUGGAGGCCAAAAUGGGGAUAUUGGCUUCCGAUCAGGCCUUGUAUUUAGACCCGAGAAGUAGGCCUUUGGUUCAAAUGCUAGCCAAAGAUAAGAAGAAAUUCUUCGACAAGUUUGCUAUGGCUAUGGAUAAAAUGGGAUCUAUAGGUGUUAAAAGAGGGAGAAGGCAUGGGGUUAGGAGAAAAGACUGCACCUCUCCACUAUAGACGGAUCCGUGAUUUUAAAUUAUGGUUAUGCCCGUUGUUGAAGUUGCGGCUUAUGGAGUCGAUGUUAUGCGUAUUGCGGCUUGCAACGUGAAUUAAGUUUACCUUCUUUUCACAUAAGAAAAAACUAAAAACAUUAUUCUUUAUGUAAAUCUUUUAAUCAUUUCUAUUUAUUUGAAUGAAUGAGUAAAGAAUUUAAAAAAAGUAAUCGGGGCGGAUCAUUAUAGGGGAGCCCACCCCAGCUCAUUUUUGUAAUGUUUAGGUUUAUAAAAUAAAUUGGUGUUUAGUUUAUAAAAGUCUUAACAAUUAAUUUAAAAUGUAAUUCAUAAUUUUA